UGCGGGCUGACCAGCACCGGCCACAGCCUCGCAGCAAGGGCGGGCUGUUCAUUGAGUAGAAAGACAACAGCGGUCCGCUACGCAUUUCUUUCACAGGCUGGUGUAGCGUUUACACCACAUGAUCAUCUCCUCCUCGCUCAGCAGCCUGGAUGACUUCUCAUCAGCAAGAAUCCUGAGCGCAUCUCCGGCUCCGUCUGCAUCGUCAUGCAGUGGCACAUUGCAGAUCGGGGUCACUAAGUCAGAGAACCACGCUGACCAGCUGUGAGAUGCAGAUCAGCCCUGCAUCAUCCGCGUGCAUCCAUUAAUCCGGCUGCACUGCUGUGCGUUCAGUGCAGUAGCUGAGUCCAGACAGCACAGCCUUCGGGUUCGUUUCUGAAAUAUAGCCGUUUAUCUGACCAGCACUGGGCGUUGGAGCUGCAGCUAUGCCUCGUUCCUCUUUUUCCUGCCUCAUAGUAGGCUCUUCCCUUCUACUCCUCGUAUCUGCUGAUGUUGUGAGUGCCGGUCCAACACCUCUGUCCAGCUCCCCCGGUUUGUCCCGGCCCCUGCUGGACGUUCCUCUUGGUCUCGAGGAACAUGAGGGCGCCCAGCUGGGUCUCAUGGAAAACUCCCAGGAGAGUUCUGGGUUUUUCAGUGAGGACAGCGAAGAUAAUAAGGUUCCCCGGGCAGCACGGCAGUGGGGUGUCCAGGGGGAGGUCAACACCAGUCUGGAUGCAGAUUCCUUGAUAGGCUACAAUCCAUCCCACCCUCGGCUCUCGUCCCUCUCUCUCCGCAAAGAACCUAAAGAGGUGAACUCCUCGGCUUUCUUCGUCUCCGUGGCUGAACCUCUGGACCCAGAGCGAUGGGAGAGCGAUUCAGAGACCAGCGGCUUCCCCCUGCACCCCUCCUCCUCCAGCCUGUCCACCACAGCUGCCGGCCCGCUCACCCAUACCACCGUCACCGAAUUCAAGCAGAACGGCCCCCCACCUGAGGCCACAGCUGCACGUGACAUCCUGUCUCUCCCUGAAGACGAAGAAAGACAAAAUCUCCUCACCCAAGCGCCCACUGUUCCAGAAGUAGGGCCCUUCCCCAGCCAGACACCGCUGCAGCCGGACGACACCCGCCGGGACGAUGCUGAGGACCAGGAAGAAGAAGAUGAAGAAGGAGAAGAAGGAGAUGAGGAAAUGGUGGCCUUCCCUACUGAGGUGGACGGUGAAGAAGAGGACGAUUGGACGCACCUUACCGUCGGGCCAACUUCCACGCCGCCAUCAGACAUGCCAGCUGUGGCCUUCACCCAGAUGGCCUGGCAAGACGUGGAGGUCACCAGAGCUGGAGAUGAUGACGAAGCUGAGCUCCGUCAUGGCGGCACAGAGUACCUUUCAGAGGCGGACUUGCACGAUUCCCAAGAAGUGGUGCAGGUGAUUUGUGUGGACUGGAGCGAUCUGGCUGGAAAAGGCUACGUCAUCCUCAACAUGUCGGAUAACUACGACUGCGAGGAGUUCCGUAUGGAGAGUGGUGACAGGCUGCUGGAGAUGCUGGAGAGUGCUUUUUCCAGGAAGAUGAACAGUCCUCAAGGCUCGUGGCUCAUCUCGCUCAGCAAGCCCAGCAGACAGGAGCGCCAGCUGCUCAUGACUCUAGCCAGCGAGCAGGGUGUGAUUGCCACUAAAGAUGUGCUGUCAAUGUUGGGAGAAAUGAGGAGAGGCUUAUAUGAGAUUGGCAUUCAGAACUUCUCCAGUGUCAGCACCUGUCACUCCAGGCCCAGCCAGACGCGCAGUGACUACGGUAAGCUGUUUGUGGUGCUGGUCAUCAUUGGCUCAGUGUGCGGAAUCAUCAUUGCGUCUGGCCUCAUCUACAUCUGCUGGCAGCGUCGCCUUCCCAAGAUGAAGAACAUGUCGCGAGGAGAGGAGCUCCAUUUUGUGGAGAACGGCUGCCAUGACAACCCCACACUGGACGUGACGAGCGACGGCCAAUCGGAGAUGCAGGAGAAGAAGCACAGCGCCAACGGAGUGCCGGUGGGCGGAGGAGGGGGGAGUGGCUGGCAGGUUCUGGUCAACAAGCCGGGCAAAGAGGAGGAAGACAAUCAAGAGGAGGACACCCACCUUUAACAAGGGGGGCUGGAGAUGAAUGAAAAAGAAAAAACCUGUUACGAAAAGGAGGCGUUCUGUCCUGGACGUUUGUGGCACAGAGCUUUUUUUGUUGUUGUUUUUUUUCCAGAAAACAUCUGCUGAAUAUUUCAAGUGAUGUUGUUUGGCUUGUACGGUCUUUUAUUUAUCUGUACCCGCGAGGGUACAGUUACAACAGGCUUUCAGAAAUCAGAUCGAUACAGAAUGGGUUGAUUCUUUAAUAGAGGCAACAGUAAAACAUGGGCGUAUUGAUCUUUUGACAGCGCUAAUUGAUGAGCAUUAGGGUGGGAGCACAAAACCCAGAGCUAUGAAUGCUAUUGGCAUAUUAAUUAGCCAGUCGGGUUGCCAAAUGUCAAAUGAGAUAUUUCAGCAGCAUUUUGUAGAAUGUUAAAGCAAAGUAUUACGACUAGCAACUACAGUAUGAGCAUACUCCGUUUUAGUUAUAUGGAUGCAUCUAGUUACGCUGUUCGAAGCAGCACAUUAGCACAUUGUAUUUUAACAUGGUGAACGCCGACUCGAAGCCUACAUUGCCUUGCUCUUUAAUUGCUUGUUGGAAUGGCCGCUCUGACAAUGAUCCGUCUUCAACGUCCUGUGUUUUCAGCUUUACGGUCCAGGGAGGGGGUCUGAGAUAUUCGCUGUACGUGUUGCUAGGGAAGAAUUGCACUGAAGAGGGCUGGGUUUGUGAAACAGACAGCUAAAUGUCAAUCAGUUCAACUGUUAUGCCAAAGCAGAACAAGGCUGAAGUCGGCCACUUAUUUGGCAGCUUCUUAUUGGGAUUUUCCAGUGCAGCAGUUACAUUGUGGCAGAUAAGAAGCCAGCUUCAGCUUCAACAAAGCAGAGGUACAGCAAAAAAAAAACAACUUUAAUACAAGGGAGCGUCUGCCUCUGAUUUGUGUAUAUCUUCAAAGAAUGUUGCCGUUCAGUCGAAGUCAAUUCACUUGAGUGAAGAUAUUAAUAUCCCUGUGGUUUACAGUACAGUCAAGUUGCCAUAUCUGCUGUUCAACGACUGCAUAAGUUUCAUUUGUACCAAACCAGAUGGUCUCAGUAUCUGCUAUCUAUCACAAGUGACAGUUCCUAUGUAACCUGCUCAUUUUAAGUGCAUGAUGUCAUUAUAGUAAUAAACCCUAAGCACAUAUCAGGGGGUGACCGUGGCUAGGGUCAGACGUCUAAUAGCUGUGACAAACCUAGAUGUACCUGGAUAGUUCAGUAUAUCGGUUUUCUGUAUGCUACAUACACGCAUUGUUCCAGUUGAAAAAAAAAUGAAAAUAGAAGAGGCUGAUAUUGAUAAUCAUAGAAUAAGCAUAGUUUUUUGUAUCCUACAGUACCUGUACAGUUAUGAGAGCUAUUUGCAAAUUGCACUUUUUUUUCAUUUUGAUGUUUAUCUCAAUUGCUUUGUAUGGAGAAACUCUCAGCCGCUUUAUAUGGAAAGUUUGUACGGAGAAACUCCGGCCUCAUUGUGUUACUAUCUAAUGUAAUGUUAGGUUUGACCAUUUUGAAAUGCAAGGAAAUAAAUGUUCUGAGAAGUUAA